UUGCGCUCCAGGCCACACAAACCUCACGCGGGCACGCGGACGCAAGCCAUUACGUAACGAGGCAGCCAAGCCCCACGACGCGCGGUCGGCGGCUCCGGCUCUCGCAUAAAAACUCCUCCAGAACCCACCGCGAUUCCUCCAUCAUCUGCUGGAAUCCGCGCCCGAAACGAUCCCAACAGAAGCUCUAAUCUCCAAAGCCGCCGCGCGUGUUGAGGGUGGUGCGGGGAAAAGCUUGGUGUCGUGAGCCCCCGUGUCGCAUGCGCCGCGCUGCCGCCGUGACGAGGAUGGCAGCGACCGAGGAGAUGAGGCAGGCGUCCGCCGCCGCCGCCGCCACGGUGACCGAGGCCUCGGCGUCGGCGGCCCCGCCCGCGGGGUCCAGGUGGGCGCGGGUGUGGCCGGCCGCGCUGCGCUGGAUCCCCACCUCCACCGAGCGCAUCAUCGCCGCCGAGAAGCGCCUCCUCUCCGUACUCAAAACUGGGUAUGUCCAAGAACAAGUUAACAUUGGCUCGGCUCCACCCGGGUCAAAAGUAAGAUGGUUUAGAUCAUCAAGUGAUGAGCCAAGGUUCAUCAAUACAGUGACAUUUGAUAGCAAGGAGAAUGCUCCCACUCUUGUCAUGGUCCAUGGUUAUGGUGCUUCACAGGGUUUCUUCUUUAGAAAUUUUGAUGCCCUUGCAAGCCGUUUCCGAGUGAUUGCCAUUGAUCAGCUUGGUUGGGGUGGAUCAAGUAGACCUGACUUCACCUGUAAAAGUACCGAAGAAACUGAGGCUUGGUUCAUAGAUUCUUUAGAGGAAUGGCGUAAAGCAAAGAACCUCAGUAAUUUUAUAUUGCUCGGUCAUUCUUUCGGAGGAUAUGUUGCAGCAAAAUAUGCCUUGCAGCAUCCUGAACACGUGCAGCACUUAAUUUUGGUCGGUUCUGCUGGGUUUUCAUCAGAAACAGAUCAUAGCUCUGAGUGGUUAACCAAGUUUCGAGCAACAUGGAAAGGCAUGCUAGUGAACCAACUAUGGGAGUCCAAUUUUACUCCUCAAAGAAUUGUAAGAGGAUUGGGUCCUUGGGGCCCAGAUUUGGUUCGCAGAUAUACCACUGCUAGGUUUGGCUCAUAUUCAACAGGUGAAUUACUAACAGAACAUGAGUCCGGCUUGCUGACAGAUUACAUUUACCAUACAUUAGCUGCCAAAGCUAGUGGAGAGCUGUGCUUGAAAUAUAUUUUUUCCUUGGGGGCAUUUGCAAGGAAACCUCUUCUGCAGAGUGCAUCUGACUGGAAAGUGCCGACCACUUUCAUAUAUGGCCAUGACGAUUGGAUGAAAUACCAGGGGGCACAGCAAGCACGCAAGGAUAUGAAAGUUCCUUGCGAAAUCAUCAGAGUCCCACAGGGAGGACAUUUUGUGUUCAUAGAUAACCCUUCCGGGUUCCAUUCGGCAGUCUUCUAUGCGUGCCGGAAAUUUUUAUCUGGAGAUGCAGAGGAGGGUCUCUCUCUUCCUGAUGGCCUGAUAUCUGCAUGACAGCAUGAGGCGCGAUGUCAUACCAAUUAGCGGUAUGAACACAAAGCAAAGCUAUACGGAGCUAGGAAAUGUUACAAAUGUCACGACUCACCAGAAAUGUUACAAAUGUCACCACUCACCAGUUUCCUUUUUGUAUGUAUGAAUUGUGUGAAUAUACACGUCAUUCAUAUUUGCCGGCGUAUCAGUACUUCAAUAGUGAUAAAACAUGAUCAUAUAUAUAUGUAUGAUUUCUCUAGUCGGUUCUCAUCAAGUCAAGUUAUUGUGAUUGGUGAAUGAUAUACUUUCCAGGUCAACUUUGUGUUUGCAUGUACAAACUAUCAUGGAACAUAUCAGUAUAGUUUA